AUGAAAGAGGAGAAACAAGAGGCACUGAAGAAGCUGUGGUCCCAGGCUGUGGUCCCAGGCUGUGGUCCCAGACUGUGGUCCCAGACUGUGGUCCCAGACUGUGGUCCCAGAGCUGUGGUCCCAGACUGUGGUCCAGAGCUGUGGUCCCAGACUGUGGUCCAGAGCUGUGGUCCCAGCUGCAGCAGCAGGAGGAGGGUCCCGGGCUGUGGUCCCUGUUCACGGAGGAGAGAGGCCCGUAGCAGACACAGGAGAGCCGCUGUCCUCGACAGAACCUCCACAGAUGACGGCGUAGAAGUGCAGAUAAAUCCCAGUGAAAUGCGGGAUUACCGGGAUCACGGGGACGUAGCAGGACCGCACACGAACGCGCAGGCCGUCCCGGGACCCUGCACCCCUCUGGAUCAAAUUUGGAUCUCGGGAGUGGAGUACAGCUUCAGCCCAGAGCAGCGCGUCUGCAGCGAGGUCGUGGAGCGUGUGGCCCCUGGACUGAGUGGCCCCCUCUCACUAGACACAGACCCCACUCUCACCCUGGGGUCCUCUUCUGGGGCGGAUGUGGCCCCGUGUGACGUCACAGGACGGCGCUCGGGAUGA